AUGGCAGAGCAGAACCUCACCUCGGUGGCAGAGUUUGUUCUCCAGGGCCUGAGUGAGGUGGUGGAGAUGGAGGCAGCCCUCUUCGUGCUGUUCCUCCUCAUCUACACCAUCACCCUCUUGGGCAACGUGGGGAUAAUCCUGCUCAUCCGAGGGGACCCCCGGCUCCACACGUCCAUGUACUUCUUCCUCGGCAGCCUCUCCGUGGUGGACAUCUGCUUCUCCUCUGUGGUUGCCCCCAGGACUUUGGUGAAUUUCUUAUCAGAGAAGAAGACCAUUUCCUUCGCUGGCUGCAUGGGCCAAGCCUUCUUCUACAUCAUCUUUGUGACAACUGAAUGUUUCCUGCUGGCCGCCAUGGCCUACGACCGGUACGUGGCCAUCUGCAACCCCCUCCUCUAUCCUUCUGUGAUGACCAGGAGGUUCUGCCUGCAGCUGGUGGUGGGGUCCUACCUCGGGGGGGUCCUCAACUCCAUUAUACAGAUGACCUUCAUCAUCAGGCUGCCCUUCUGCAGCUCCAACGUCAUCAACCACUUCUUCUGUGACGUUCCCCCCCUCUUGGCUCUGUCCUGUGCCACCACCUACGUCAACGAGAUGAUCCUCUUCUCUUUGGCUGGCAUCAUCGAGUUCAGCACCAUCUCCACCAUUCUGCUCUCCUACGUCUUCAUCUCCUUUGCCAUCCUGAGGAUCCGUUCAGCUGAGGGCAGGCAAAAAGCCUUCUCCACCUGUGCAGCCCACCUGGCCGUGGUGACCAUGUUGUACGGGACAACGCUCUUCAUGUACUUACGCUCCAGCUCUAGUCACUCCCUCAACACUGACAAAGUGAUCUCUGUCUUCUACACGGGGGUCAUCCCCAUGCUGAACCCCCUCAUC